AACGUGAUAGUCGAUUUUCGUCGCCGCGAGAACACUUUCAUCCCGUCGCGGGGCUCUGGAAGCAGUAAGGGAAAAAAAGUGAAUAAAGGUGAUUUUUCCGGUGAAUUUGAGUCCUUUCCAACAUUCCUUUCGAUGAGCAGAAUCCGUGGAUUGCAUCACCAGUGAAAACGAGAGAUAACCGUUCCGCUGAAGAACCGCCACGCCAUAAGCCCUUCGGGUGGAGAAAAGUGGUUGUUUUUCUAUUUGAAAGGGAGGCGCGUGUUUUUGAAUUAUCUAAACCAGAAAAAAAAGAUACGGUGAAUGUGUGAGUUUGAUAACGAUCGCUGUUUUGUUUACAACAACCGCUUAUCGGCAAAAGUGGUGUGAAAAUUCAACUUUCGAACAGUGCCUGUGAGAGGCCCCAAUAUAUUACGUGGUCGACGUCGUCGUGGUUCUGGUCUGGUCCGAGAGGGGAAGAAAAUGUGAACAAGAUCACUCGCGGGCAGAAGGAAUCGCGUUUUUUUCCGUCUCACACCGUCGUCAUCAUCAUCAGUCAGUCAGUCAGUCAGCAGCAGCAGUAUCGAGUGGCCAGCAGCAAGGGCCCGAAACGAAAGCGAGCAACACACACAGCCAGAGCAGGGACGGCACCGACGAAGACGACAAGAGGGUGUGCGCGCGGUGCAGGCCUUGGCUUCCGUCAUCAUCAUCAUCAUCGUCAGUGAAAAGCGGUAGGCGCUCGGUCGGUCGCGGUCGCGUUACGAGACCAGCAGCUUUUGCCUCGCCUUGCCACUGCUGUUGCUAGUUUCAGUUUCAGCAGCAGAGCAGAGUCAGCGGGCCCAUCGUGUCGUGUCCCGUCCUCCUGUCUGAAUCUGUGUGUGUCAUCGGGGGGUGCCAUUCAACGGCGACGAAGAGGACGCGGUUCUGUGGACUGAAGACUCGCGGUCGCUCUAGAAGAGCUCUGGGCUACUAUAAAACGGUGCGGGGUUUUUGUGUGUCUUCUGAGGGUGACUGACGGUGCGCGGUCGUAAUAAUUCGGAUUUUUGCCUCGUCGUAAGGAAGGCGCGUUUGACGUUGAAGAGUGUUGAUGUGUUUGGUUGGUUGUUUAGGAAAGAAGGAAGAAGCAAUCUGAGUGAAUUGCUGACUUGUGUUUGGGAGUGCAGGAAUCUCGGUACGGCCACUGGAUUCUGGAUAGGAAAGUACGGCAAAGAAGCAGCACUAGUGGUGCACUAUUGCACAAUAAUUGACGCAACGAACGGUCGUUGAAGAUAUCCGGGAUCAAGGCAGAGCGUGGAAGAUCGCACCAGAGCCACGUCCAACGACAGCCCGGCUUCCAGUAUGACCGACUCUCCCAUCCCGAUGGAAGACGGUUCCGAUCAGGAGCUGUCCCAUAGCCAGCAGCUGGAAUCAAUCAACAGCAUCCAUGUCGGCAGCAAUCGACUCCCAAACGGCAUCCUGCCAGUGCUCAGCGAUAGCAACGAAGUAACCGUCCUACGGGAUGAAAACAGUCGACUGCUGACCACACUGUUGGACUACAAAAAAAUGCUGGACAGUAACAAACUGCGCUAUGGCACCGUAAAGCGCGAGUACUAUGCAGCCAAGAAGCGCCUGAAGCGAUUGGCCGACAAAUUGCAAGCUACUACUGCCAAUCCUGCUGUCUCAGUUGCUGCUGCACACAAUUCCGGGAGUAGCGAGAGCGGGGGAAGUACCCCGGCCCAGCCGAUUCCCGCCGCUGUGGAUGAAGAAAUCCGAAAGAAGUGGAAGGAACCGAAUCUGAAGGCGGCUGUCAAGCUGAAGGCCGCCAUCGGGGUGCAGUCGUACCAGUCGUUGAUUCGCGACGGGGAACUGCAGCUGCCAAGUUUGCGCACGAUAUCGCGCUAUGUGGAUGCACUUAAAAAAGCCGGUCUGAAGCCGAACUACGAUUUCAACGUGCGGGACUCGGAUGCCACCGUGGGCAAUGUGUUCGUCGAGGAGGAAGAGGAGGACAGUGCCGAUGUGGAUCACAACCGGAAUCAGCACCUGGGCAAGUUGCAGUUUUCGAGGGACGUUUCCGAUGCGGAGGAUCCGGUCAAUUGCACGGCCGUUCCCGACAUCAGCUACUUCCGCGGCAAAAUGGAACACGACGAACUGGAAGAAGAGUACGACGAAGAGCAGCCAUCGGAACUAUACCUGAAUGGGGAUCUGUCGAACGGAGACAGCUACCCGCGCCAUCCGAAUCAGCACACCUACCAGCAGCAAACGCUAACGGCGGCACACAUCGAGUUCCUCAAAUCGAUGACCGGCUUCCGGAAGAAGUGGACCCCGUUCGAGCUGCGCACCUGCAUGGACAUUCGGCGGAUCAUCGGCAGCAAGGAGUACGAUUCGUUGCGCAAGAACGACGGCAUGCCGCUGCCGAGUGCCAAAACGCUGCGAAAGUACAAACACACGGUCCACCUGGACGGGGUGGAUGUGAUGAGCCGCAAGAGGAACUACCGCGAAAUGGUGGAAGGUCUAGUCACGAACGGUCACGGACCCGCCGGCACAAACGGCGAGGCGGUAAGCUACGGUGACGAUGUGGAUGAUAUCCUGAACGCCGAGGAACCCGAUGGAUACUUCGACAUCAACAAUCUGACCGAGCAGCAGAUCGACUUCCUGCAAUCGCUGUCCAGCAAUACGAAAGGCUUCUCGGACUACGAGCUCCAGAAGACGCUAGAACUGAAGAACGAACUCGGCGGUAGCAACUACGAAAUCCUAAGGAAACAAGAAUGCCUCCACAUUCCAACGCUGGUGAUGCUGAAAAAGUACGAACAGGAGAACGGAUUGGAAGACCUAUCGGCGAUGGUUGGCGCGGAGGACGUCGACGAAGAAGACGACCAGGAACCGGAACAGGAACCCGAGCAAGACUAUGACCCCAAACUGCACGUUCCGGAGCAGUUUGGAGGGGACAUGAAUGGAACCGGGGAUGAUUCCCACAUGGGAGUCUUCGAACAUCAUUCCAUCUUUGAUAAAGACGACCCAGCGGCAUUCGAUAUGAGCAAACUCUCGCAGCAGCAUAUCGAAUUCCUCAACACACUGCCCGAGAACCCGAAACGAUGGACGCAGCAUAUGAUAAAUUCGGCGUUAAGCAUCAAGAACGAAAUCGGCACCCGGGACUACGAGCUGCUCCGGAGACAGGGCAUUCCACUGCCGGCGGCACGAACCCUCCGAAGGCACAAAGACAUCAAGAGUCGAGUCAAGGAGGAAUUUACCGAUAUGGGUUAAGACUAGGGCGUAAGUUUGUUAGUGAGGUACCUGUAUUAUAGCGUUUUAGAUGAGUGAGAGUAGGGUCUCGUAAUCGUUUGUAAAUACCUAACCUGACACGAGGUUCAAGUUGUCGUGAAAAUAAAUGGCGCCAAAAAUUUAAGAGAGAAAAAUGUCGAGCUAGUUAAAACUUUUUUUUUUUUUAAACUUAAAACUAUUGGAUAAGAAUGAUUUCGUUUGUGUAGCGAUCGAAUGAAAACAGUUCCAUUGAACAGCACAGCGUGCGCAGUUUCUGGAUGUGUAUCACGUGGGGGAAUGUUUUGUUUUUUCGGGAUUCUUGUAUAUUUUUAGGGAUAAGUCACAUUAAGGUGUAAAAUACU